AGCCUGCGAAGCAGGGGUGGUCAUGUGACUCACAGAGGCGGGGCUGCGCCGGCCGCUUCCCAGCCUGGCUGAAAGGGCUCGCGCAGCCGGCCUUGUCGGCCCUUAAAGCGCUCACUGGGCGGCCUGGCCCCAACUCCCCUCCCGAGCCGCGCAAAGGGAGAGCUCCUGGCUCUCGUCGGCCCCCCAGGUUUGCUUUCCUUUUUUUCCCGAAGGUGGGCCCUGAGGUCCACCGCCGCGAAGCCUGCGGCCGCCGGAAAACCCAAACCCGAGUGUCCCGAGACUAACCGGAAGUGCGGUUCCAGGCGGAGGGGCGGUGCCGGCGGCCGCCGGGGAAAGGGAAGAAUUGAGUGUUAUGAAUACUCCUGGACUUGAGACCUUUUGAAGCCAAAAGGAAGACAGUCUUGAGUCUUCAUUGUUAUGAACUCGCUCUUCCUUGAGAAACCAAAUUCUCAGGACCAGGAAGUCAAGGCUGCGUUCCUUCCAGUUAGCUUCUGGGGUUGGAAAUACCAAGUAAGGAAUCAGCGUAUAUGAUGCUGGAAAUGUUUAGAGAUGAGCUGCUCCUGAUUGAAAGGCCUACGACAGAUGUAUCUUUCCAGUUCUUACCAAGAAAACAACUAUGAAGAACACGAUGGGUCAAGAAGACCAGUGGAAAACUCCCUAGGAGAGAGCCAUAGAAAAUGUUCACUUCAGAAGAGAGAUAUAAUCAGAGAACUCAGAAGAGGAAAAUCUAUCAUGGAUGCCCUCAGAAGGGUAGAAAGAUUUUUAUUCAUGUGCAUGAGAUUACUCAAAUAGAUGAUCAGAUAUACCAGUGCCUUGCAUGUGAGCAAAACUUCUGUGAGAACUUAGCUCUUAUUAUGUGUGAGAGAUCCCACACUGGGGAGAAACCUUAUAGAUGUGAUAUGUGUGAGAAAACCUUCGUCCAAAGCUCAGAUCUUACUUCACACCAGAGGAUCCACAAUUAUGAGAAACCUUAUAAAUGUAGCAAAUGUGAGAAGAGCUUUUGGCAUCAUCUGGCCCUUUCGGGACACCAGAGAACACAUGCAGGUAAAAAAUUCUAUACAUGCGAUAUUUGUGGCAAGAAUUUCGGUCAGAGCUCUGAUCUGCUUGUCCACCAGCGAAGCCAUACGGGCGAGAAACCGUAUCUGUGUAGUGAGUGUGAUAAAUGCUUCAGUCGAAGCACAAACCUCAUAAGGCACCGAAGAACUCACACAGGGGAGAAACCAUUUAAGUGUCUGGAGUGUGAAAAAGCUUUUAGUGGGAAAUCAGAUCUUAUUAGCCACCAGAGAACUCAUACUGGCGAAAGGCCCUACAAAUGUAAUAAGUGUGAGAAAAGUUACCGACACCGUUCAGCCUUCAUUGUUCAUAAAAGAGUUCAUACUGGGGAGAAGCCCUAUAAGUGUGGUGCCUGUGAGAAAUGCUUUGGCCAGAAAUCCGACCUUAUCGUACACCAGAGAGUCCAUACAGGUGAGAAGCCGUAUAAAUGCUUGGAAUGUAUGAGAAGUUUUACCCGGAGUGCCAACCUAAUCAGGCAUCAGGCAACUCACACUCACACUUUUAAAUGCCUUGAAUAUGAGAAAAGUUUCAGCUGUAGCUCAGACCUCAUUGUGCAUCAAAGAAUUCACAUGGAAGAGAAACCACAUCAGUGGUCUGCGUGCGAGAGCGGCUUCCUCCUGGGCAUGGACUUUGUAGCCCAGCAGAAAAUGAGAACGCAGACCGAGGAGCUGCAUUACAAAUACAGUGUGUGUGAUAAAAGCUUCCACCAGAGCUCAGCCCUUCUUCAACAUCAGACAAUCCAUCUUGGUGAAAAACCGUAUCUCUGUAAUAUGGGCGAGAAGGGUCUUGAGCUCAGUCCUCCCCAUGCGUCAGAAGCCUCACAAAUGUCUUGAACAGACCAGAAGUUAGAACACCCUAAGAAAUGUACUUACAACAUGUCAGAGGACCCAGUAAAGAGCUCUAGGCAAAUCUCAGACUUUCCUCAGAGCUCGGACUUCGGUGGGGACCAGAGAAUACAGCUGUGGGAAGUCGAGAAAUGGUUUGCACAGAGAGUGACCCUCGCAGAACACUUAGUCACUUCAGUGAGAAACCUUAACAGAUGCCCUGAGGCUUGGAAAAACCUUUAGUCCAAGCUUGUAUCUGAUCACCUACAAGGGGAUUCCUACAGGUAAGAAACCUUACAAUUGCAGUGAGUGUGGGAGAGCUUUCUAGCAGUGCUCAAGCCCUCCUCAUCCCAAGAGAAUUCACACCAGAGGACUUCUUAAAUGCCCUCAGUGUCAACAGAGCUUCGGAUGGUAUGCCCGUCACACUGGACGUCAGAAAGCCCACAAUGGGGAGAAACCCCAGCAAGUGUGUAAAAAGCUUCUUAUUAUGACUUUCUUACUCUUAAGAGAAGCCAUACUGGUGAAAACGUGUAUAUUUGUCUUGAAUGUGGCAAAAACAUGAGUUGGAGAGCCGCUUGGGUUUGCACCAAAGAAACCCAAUCUGAGGAAAGACCUUACAGGGUCCCUGAGUGAGAAAAACUUCUGUCAAUGAUCAGCUCUCAUGGUACACCGGGGAACUCACAUUAGUGAAAAACCCCGUUGAGUCUGAAAAAAGCCUUGCUAGAAACUCCUCCCUCAUUGGGUCCCAAAGAACGUGCUCUGUGGAGAAUUCUGCGAACUGUGGACUGUGUACAUAUAAUAGGUAACAGUUGACCCAUAUGGUAGAGGUGACUUUCAGUGGAGGCGGUAUGUAAACUGUUGUUCAGAUACCCAGAAACUUGUUCUGGGAGGAGCUAGGGCAGGUCACAGUAGGCCUGAUGGGUAACUCAGGUAAAGAUGCUUUUCUUUUAUCUGAACCACUUAAUGAUUGCUUUACUUUUCACUUUUUAAAAUUUGGAAAUCCAAUAAAGAAAAGGACUGUAACUUUGUGA